GGAGAAGGCGGCAGUAGCGGCUGGUCCGGGUGGAGCCGUCAUGGAGAUGGGGUGGCUGCUGUGGGGCACAGCCGUGCUGCUGCUGCUCCACGUCCUCAUGCAGCUCAGCCCCACCGUCAACUUCGCGCUGCGCAUCGGCUUCUACUGCCUGCUGUGCCUGGUGGCCUCGGCGGUGGCGGCCGUAGCCUGCCUGCUGGUCAACGGCGGCCGCACCGUCAGGAACAUGAGAAUCAUCAAAGCUGUUGUCAGGAGCUUCAAGUAUUUCUUCGGCGUGAGGUUUGAGGUGAAGGGGCUGGAGAACUUCAAGGUGGAGGGCCCUGCUGUCAUUGUGUCCAACCAUCAGAGCGUCCUCGACAUGAUGGGGCUGAUGGAGGUCCUGCCCGACAACUGUGUCCAGGUGGGCAAGAAGGAGCUGAUGUACAUGGGCAGCGUGGGGCUCAUCAUGUACCUUGGUGGAGUCAUCUUCAUCAACAGGAAGAGCACCAGCAGUGCCAAGAUGGUGAUGUCAGAGGUGGCCAAGACUAUGGUGGCUGAGAAUGUGAAGGUGUGGGUAUAUCCAGAGGGCACAAGGAACUGCACUGGGGAUUUGCUGCCAUUCAAGAAAGGAGCAUUUCACCUCGCUGUCCAGGCACAGGUCCCAGUGAUCCCUGUGGUGUAUUCCUCCUUCACCACCUUCUAUAACCCAAAGACAAAACUGUUUACAUCAGGCAAAAUCAAGGUUGAGGUUCUGCCUCCAGUGGAGACCAAAGGGCUGACGUCAGACGAUGUCACCGACCUCUCUGACAGAUGCUUCAGCACCAUGAGGGAGACCCUCUUCAAGCUCUCAGGCCAUCCAGGCAUCAAACUUGUGCUACCAAAGGGCUCAAUGACCAGAGAGGCUCAGCUCUUGAGGAGGCCCUGUGAUGUCCCAGGUGGAAACCACCAGGCAGCAGUUUGUAUCAGCACAACCUUGAUGCUCAAACAGGGCUGAGAACUGGGGUGAAAAUCCAGAUUUUGGCUUUUCAGCAGUGCUAGGAGUGUGGUGUCCUCCCUGGACAACCCAGAGCACUCCCACCCACCAGUGGGACACACAGCCUGUCCCCUCGAGAUGCCCUUUUGUCACAAGAGCAUCACGUUGGCAAACUGCUGCCACUCCCCACCGUGGUGGUGGCACAGCCUGGUCACAUCCCGGUGCCUGCAAUGCCCCUUAGGGAGGCAAAGGGCUCUGUCGUGCUCGUUUUGUCACUUGUCAUGGUCAGCACUGGCCGAAAGAUGGUGCCUGUCCCGCGUCUCUGCUGAUCUGCGGGGCGGAGCUGCUGCUGCAAAACCCCUGCAGAGCCACAGGGUGGGUGAGCUGCAGCUGGAACGGGGCUGGGAAGGCUUGGAAGGCUUCAGCUCCCCCUUUGGGGGAUAGAAACUGCUUUCCCAGGCAGAUAAAAGGGGUUCUCCUGUGCCUUGGGGUGAUGGACCAACAGAGCUCCUGGGUCCCUCACCGGGAAAGUGGAAUGUCGAUGCCCGUGGAGGCUGGGUCAGGUCCAUGGUUCCUCAGCUUUAGCUCUUCUGUUUGUGGCACAGGGGACCUUGGCAUGAGCCAGCUGGGGCUGCUCAGGUAACCAGCACAGGCAGCUCCUGCAGCCUGCAUUGGUGGAGUUGUGUUUAUCUGGCAUUUUGGGGCUGAAGCCUCAGCUGGGAAAGGCAGGGAGCUCCAUGGAAGGAGCCCUGGGGCCGAGCUGGUGCUGCCAGGGGCUUCACUGGAGUACAGACUCAGGGGAUGGGAAGGGGUGGGAGCAUGGGAACCAAACCAGCACUUUGUGAGAGUGGCAGAUCAAGGGCUGCCAUGGAGGGUCAACCCAGGAGGGCCCUGGGAGGGCUCCUGGGGAGGGGAACCAUGUCUGACUCCUCCUGGGAGGAGGGAGCAGUGCCUCUAUGUGCAGUUGUCUGCUGUUCACUUUUAAUUGGGCUGAGAAUGUUAUGUGCUUUACAAAAAAAUCACCAAAAAAAAAAACAAACAAAGAAAUUACACCUUUGGUUAUUUAAAUAAA